CACAUUAGACACAGUCGCUCGCGUAGCGUCGCUCUCGGAUUUACGGUGCUCUCGCUGGGCGGACCGGUAGCGCACCCCCCACCCUCCACCCCCGCCACUACUACCACCACCACCACCACCACUACCACACACACCCGGGAUCGCUCGCGCGCGGCUCAAACUGAUGCGCGAGAGAGAGGACGACGGCUGGCGCUCGCGGGCACGCGGACGGUAACGGCUCAGGGUUUGGAGCGGCGGGACAAAUGAAUACAAAUGAAUUUAGCGACCCCAAGGAGAGAGCGCGGGACCUCUCACGAGUGGGCAACGAAAGCUCUACUUCUGUGUACUCUUCUGUGCUGUACCUCUUAUUUAGGACUCACACAAGUGCUGUCUGAAGAUGUGGACGUGCUGCAGCGUCUGUCUCUGCGUGCUGAGCAGAGGUCCCGCUCCGUCCCUGUUGGGGUCAUCUCUCUUCGCUCCGGAGUCAUCCUCACUCCCCGAGCGCGGGUUACCACAGCAACACGCUCCUUGCUCCCACUUGACCUUGUCUGGAACUCCACACUUCUGCUGAGUGUUCGCUCGCACCGUGUCAACUCCGCCUUCCUUUUCUCCGUCUUUUCCGGCUCUGAGAUCCAGCUGGGCCUGGAGAUUUCCCCUGGGACAUUAACGCUCCACUCUGGACCCCAGAACUCUGUCAGCUUCCCCUAUAACCUCCAUGACGGCCGUUGGCACAACCUGGCCAUCAUCCUGGCCGGCCAGACAGUCACCUUGCUGACUGCCUGUAACCACAGUGACAAUGAGGGUGUGUCCCAUAAGCUACCGUUGCCCCCUCUAGCCCGUUUGAACCCCUGCGGAACAUUUCGGCUGGGUGGUAGCAGCGCCCUUUUGCCCGGUGUCCCCCCAUUUGAGGGUGCCGUAUGCCAGUUCGACAUUGUUCCCACUGCACGUGCGCAAACAAACUACUGCAGUGCCAUCCGCAGGCAGUGCAGAGAAAAUGACACCUACAGGCCAGUCCCGUCCCCUAUCCUACUGCCCCUUCCUCAUCGCCAUGCCUCACCCACCUCUGCCGAAAAUUUGUCUUCUAAUCAUACCCUUGCAAGUGGCAUCCCAUGGAUAUCCCUGACUGGAACUGCUGGGCCUGUUUUAGAAGCGAAUAAUGCAGUCAUGGGGGCCCAACCCAAAACCUCUUCUCCCACGUCCACUCCUCUACCCCCAAAAAGGACAGGACUCGAACCACCACCGUCCCGAGAACACUUAAGCACUGCAACCCCCAUGCCCACUCUCAGGGCACCCAAAACCUUGCCCAAUAACAGCCCCAAACCCACUGCCCCCAGACCAACGACAAUGACCAAACCAGCAGGGUUCAAAUCCACCACAAGAACUCAGUCUAAAUCAGUUACUGCUAAACCUUCAUGGUCAAAGCCUACAAUUACAAAACCCACCAGUACUAAAUCAACUGUCUCAAAACCCAUUAGCACAAAACCCACCAUCCUAAAACCCAACAGCACCAAACCUACUGUUUCAAAAUCCAACAGCACCAAACCCACCAUCUCAAAACCCAACAGCACCAAACCUACUGUUUCAAAAUCCAACAGCACCAAACCCACCAUCUCAAAACCCAACAGCACCAAACCUACUGUUUCAAAAUCCAACAUCACCAAACCCACCAUCUCAAAACCCAACAGCACCAAACCAACUGUCUCAAAACUCAACAGCACCAAACCUACUGUUUCAAAAUCCAUCAGCACCAAACCAACCAUCUCAAAACUCAACAGCACCAAACCCACUGUUUCAAAAUCCAACAGCACCAAAUACACUGCUGCAUCAAAACCCACAAACCCAAAACCUACAGGCUUCAAGCUAGCACUGUUGAAGCCCUCUAAACCCACACCCACAAAAUCUACAGCAGUCAAACCCACAUCUCAGAAAGUCCCUCAUCUCAAGCCCUCUCCUGCAAAACCCACUCCUGAUAGCAAGAAAACAUCAGUGAACCCGCCCCACAUUACUGCACCCACUGCAGCCAGGACCUCUAAGAGACAAACAGACCUGUUAAUGUCUUUAUCUGACCAGCGUCCUAUUAUCCCAAAAAAAGCAACCUCUAGCCCAGGUAAAAAAACACCACAGCCCAAAGCCAGCACCCAACGCACACCCAGACACACCCUACCUACGCCUAGUUCCAUGCCAUUCACCCCUCUUGUUUCAAAGAUGCCCCAGAACACCUUGCCAACUCCGAUUCCCACGAAAAUCCCCACAAAGACCCCGAAACCUCCUGCUACCUUACCGACAGCCACACUAACUUUAGAGACACAUACAGUUCUAGCUGCAGAUGGAGUUCAAAACUGGGAUCUGGAUCCAACACUGUUUGCUUCUCUAAUGGGACCACCAGGCGAAAAGGGAGAUUCUGGACCUCUGGGAAUUCAGGGACCUCCAGGAAAGCCAGGACUGCCAGGGAAGAGAGGACCACGGGGACCACCCGGACCACAUGGCAACCCAGGACGACCAGGUCCCCCAGGGUUUAAGGGGAAAAAGGGUGACCCUGGGCUGUCUCCUGGAAAAGCUCCUAAAGGAGAGAAAGGAGACCCUGGGAUUCUCGGUCCUGUUGGUUUAUCUGGUAUAGAAGGUCGAAAGGGGCAGAAAGGUCAUCUUGGGCCACCUGGCCUCCCAGGAGAACCAGGUGAACAAGGGCCUGAUGGAAGUCCUGGUGCCAAAGGUUAUCCUGGCAGGCAGGGGCUUCCUGGUCCUAUAGGUCCUCGUGGGCCAAAAGGCGCUCGGGGCUUUAUUGGGAUCCCAGGCCUUUUUGGUUUACCUGGACCUGAUGGUGAAAGAGGUAGUUCUGGUCCUCCAGGGAAGAGGGGCAAGAUGGGUACGCCGGGCUUUCCAGGAGAUUUUGGUGAGAGGGGACCACCAGGAGCCGACGGGGAGCCAGGCGUUCUUGGUGCCCCUGGCCCCCCUGGAGUUCCUGGCCUGAUUGGUGACAUGGGCCCAGCUGGUGCAGUUGGUUUGCCAGGACUGGUUGGACUGAAGGGUGUUCCUGGGAAUAUGGGCGAGCCUGGACUGAAAGGUGAUAAGGGUGAUGUUGGACUUCCUGGAGAUCAAGGAGAGAUGGGCUUCAAAGGAGACAAGGGUGUUCAGGGGUUGCCAGGUUUGCCAGGUGUACGUGGAAAACCAGGACCUCAGGGCAAAAUAGGAGAGAGAGGACCUGAUGGGGUUGCUGGUCCUCCAGGUCCUGAGGGUUUUCCCGGAGACAUCGGACCACCUGGACAAAAUGGUCCCGAAGGACCAAAGGGCAAACUAGGAGCAAGAGGGUUACCAGGACCUCGUGGAGCUCCAGGAUUAGAGGGAGACGAGGGGCCUGUUGGACCACCCGGACCGACAGGACUGGAGGGUGCUAUGGGCAAAAAAGGUUUCCCAGGAAAGGUCGGGGAGGACGGAGUUAAGGGUGAGCAAGGAGUCACUGGGAAGGCUGGGCCGAUGGGAGAGAGAGGUCCGGUUGGCUUUGUCGGUCCAGUUGGGGAGCCAGGAUUGGCAGGGGAAAAGGGUGAUCGAGGGGAGAUGGGCCUGCCAGGACCUCCAGGAGAAAAAGGAUCUGAUGGGCAUCCAGGAACACCUGGGGAGACUGGACCGCCUGGCCCACCAGGGCCACCAGGCCCCCCUGGAUCACGCGGCCCCAUCGGCACUCGAGGCCCUAAAGGGAGACGGGGCCCACGGGGUCUAGAUGGCCCAGUUGGUGAGGCUGGCACUGAGGGUAAAAAGGGUCUUGAUGGUCCCCCUGGAAAAAUUGGCUUCCCUGGAGACCAGGGUAAGAUUGGGGAGCCUGGCGAGGUCGGGACAAAAGGGUUUCCGGGGAUUCAGGGGCCUUCAGGGGCACCAGGAGCCAAAGGAAUCGCAGGAGAGCCAGGCCCCUCAGGAAUACCAGGAGCAAUAGGGCCUCUCGGAAACAUUGGGCCAAAGGGCCCUCCAGGAAAAGUGGGAGACUCUGGAGUUCUAGGUGAACCAGGAGAGAAGGGUGCACUGGGAGCAGAAGGGAACGCUGGAGCUCCAGGCCUUCUCGGACCCAGGGGAGAGCCAGGUUUGGAAGGGGAGGCUGGUCCUGCUGGUCCUGAUGGCGCUAAGGGAGAGAAAGGCGACAUGGGACUGGAGGGUGAGCCUGGCAUGAGAGGUGACGCUGGAAUCAAAGGCAAAGAGGGACCACCAGGUGACCCCGGACUUACCGGCGUCAGAGGUCCUGAAGGGAAGCCAGGGAAAAUGGGAGAGAGAGGAAAGCACGGCCUGAAGGGCGCGAAGGGAAACAUGGGACACCUAGGUGAGACUGGAACAGUCGGGAAACUUGGACCAGUUGGAACCACUGGGCCCAAGGGAUCGAGAGGAACCAUUGGAUCAGCGGGUGCUCCUGGACGGAUGGGUCAGCAGGGGGACCCAGGCAUAGCAGGGUAUGAGGGUCACCAGGGGCCAUCGGGUCCUAUGGGGCCUCCAGGACCGAAAGGUGAAAAGGGUGAACAAGGGGAAGAUGGGAAAACUGAGGGCCCUCCUGGUCCCCCUGGACUCAGAGGUAGAGUUGGAGACAGAGGAGAUCGAGGGGAGCCAGGAGAUCCAGGAUACCCAGGUCAGCAGGGGGUGGAUGGACUUCGAGGCAAACCUGGUGCACCUGGAUUACCCGGCCAUCCUGGUCCCCGUGGACAACAAGGCCCCAAAGGAUCGAAAGGCGAGCAGGGUCAGAAGGGUAAACAGGGUAAACUAGGAGAUCGUGGAAGCAGAGGAUCAGUAGGUGCUGUUGGGCUGCCUGGUCCAAGGGGCGUUGUUGGUCGUGAAGGACAGGAGGGCGUUCCUGGCUCAGAUGGCAUUCCAGGGAAAGAUGGGAGUAAAGGAAUACCGGGUGAACAAGGAGAUGAUGGUGAGAUUGGUCCUACUGGUAAACCUGGAGGCCGGGGUAAAGUAGGUGUCCCAGGAUUACCAGGAGAUCAGGGUUCAUUUGGUCCAAAGGGUGAGCGAGGUCUCCCAGGUCAUCCUGGCCCUUCAGGGAAGAGAGGAUUUAAAGGGGUGACGGGCCUUCCAGGAGCUCAGGGGGACCGGGGUCCCAAAGGACAGCCAGGUGAUGCUGGAGAAACAGGGUUUCCAGGGAUACUUGGAAUGUUUGGACCAAAGGGGCCUCCAGGAGACUAUGGGCUGAAAGGCAUUCGUGGGCCUAAAGGGCCUCUGGGCACCAUGGGGAAAAGUGGAGUUCCUGGUCCUGUUGGAAUAAUCGGUCCUAUUGGCAACCCAGGUCCUAGAGGUAAUGCUGGCAACAGAGGAGAAUCGGGUGCUCAGGGGCCGAGGGGCGCUCCAGGACCUCGUGGCCCUCCUGGACCACCGGGCCCACCCAGUAUCCUACAACCUUUUCAGCGGGAUGACAGCGGAGUACCUUUGCCUUUGUUUGCUGACUCACACAUGACACUCAGAACAGAGGGCGUAUCUGUGUUUGAUUCGCCUACACUGGACCGGUCUCCAGAGAUUUUGAGAACACUGCAUUACCUGAGCUUAUUGGUGCGCAGCCUGAGGAAUCCUCUGGGCACACAAGACCACCCAGCUCGCCUCUGCCGGGACCUGCGUACCUGCCAAUACAAACUCAACGAUGGCACUUACUGGAUUGACCCAAACAUGGGUUGCUCCUCUGACUCUAUAAAAGUGACCUGCAACUUCACAGCAGGCGGUCUUACCUGCCUGAGACCAAUCACAGUGUCCAAGCUGGACUUCGGUGUUGGGCGUAUCCAGAUGAGCUUCCUGCAUUUGCUGAGCUCAAGGGCAGAGCAACGCAUCACCAUCCACUGUCUUAACAUCUCCAUCUGGAGCUCUGCCCAAACUCAGCCCUCAUCACCGAAUGCUGUGAGGUUCAAGGCAUGGAACGGAGAGACCCUGGAGCCUGAUGUAUUGGAAGACACCUGCUGGCGCCGGGACGGACACUGGCAGCACGCAGUCUUCCUUUUCAAGGUGACGGACACUUCACUGCUCCCUGUCAAACACAUUGCCAAUCUGCCUGAAACCACACUCUCAUCACACCACCAUCUGGAGGUUGGACCUGUGUGUUUUCUGUAGUGUGUGUACACGCGAGUGAUUGUGUGUGUGCUUGUUGGCAACAACACAGUCAUAGACACCUCACUUCCUCACACACGAUGUCCAGUUGAUGCAGCCCACGUCCCUCCCACUUCAGUAUUCAGCCACUGAUUGGACUGCAGACGCGGAACGAGGUGGAGUGGGCGGGGCUUUUGGGGGAUUUAGCACUAAAGACUGUGGAGAGGAAAUCCUGCCCUUCCAGCCGUGGAUGUCCAGUGAGAGCAAGCUCUAAGACACAAUCCAGGCAUCAUAGAUUAGAGAACAUCCAGGGCCAGGGAGAAACUGCCAAACUGUCUUUCUCUCUCUCUCUUUCAUUCUCUCUCUCUCUCUCUCUCUCUCUCUCUCUCUCUCUCUC